AUGUGGGUCCUCCGAAGGAGCGCGGCCAUUCCACGAACGUUCACAGCUCGAUUCGAUUCCUUGGCACAUUCACCUUCAUCGGCGUCAAAGAUAUUGCUUAGCGGUCCGGCUACUGUACCGGAUCCCUUGCCGGGCUUCAAGAAGGCUGUUAUCAUCUAUGGCGUCUACCUUGGAUUUGAAUACGCGUAUCGAUUCAUGAACGCUCCACCUCGCCGCAGUCAGUUGCAGCACCAUUAG